GAGACACAACGGCAAGAACGGUGCGCUUCCACAGACGGCCAGACUAGUCGAAGAGCACGGUGUUUUCUAGGGCGCCUUCUAGGCCACGCCUAGAAACCUCUGAAGCCCCAGCCCCUACAAGGCACAAAUAUCCAUCUGCCCAGAUACAACAUAUCUGCCACAGAUGGUGCAAUCUGGGGGGUUAGGCCAUUCCCACGCCGCCGCCGCCAUCCUUGCAUUGCCGACGGAGUUGCACAAGGCCGCCCACCGCAACGAUGCCGGGACCAUCACCAUGUUGCUCCGAGGCGGCGGCAUGGACCCCAACUCCCGUGUCGAGUGCCCGAACUGCGACGAAGGGGCAACCGCUCUUCAUCUUGCCGCGCAACAGGGACAUCUGGAGGCGGUGCUGGCUCUCCUUGAUGGCGGUGCGCGGCCCGGUGGUCGAGACUCCAUCGACCCCGGUCGACCACGGAGCGAGAACAACCGGGCGGUUUCGGGUUCCUCCUCCUCCUCCUCCUCCUCCUCCUCCUCCUCCUCCGAAGAGUGGGACAUGUCCGACUCCGACGACGUCUCCGAACAAGAGCACGAUGACCUAACACCGCUGCACCUGGCAUGCGUCGGCGGGCACACGGCGGUCGUCCAAGCCCUACUGUCCGCCGGGGAGCGAACCGACCGACUCGCUUCGGGUCGGAAAGUGAGCGACCACGCCGCCGUCCACGACAACAACGCUGCCCCCGACCACUCCGGCGGGACCGGGGGAGGAGUUGUGCCUCACUUCUUGGGCGGCGUCGAGGGAGGGCACACCCCGCUGCACCUGGCUUCGGCGUGCGGGGCGACGGGCGCGGUGCGCGCCCUCAUCGGAGCCGGGGCGUGCGUCCAUCGGCGAGCGAGAGACUGCGACGACACCCCGCUCCAUCUCGCGAGCGCGGCGGGACACGUCGAAACGAUGGCGGCGCUCCUCGCGGCCGGGGCGGACAUCAACGCCGGGGACGAGAUCGGGAACACCCCCCUGCACGUGGCCCGCGACGCCGAGACGCUCGAGUUCCUCCUCUCCCGCGGGGCGAACCCGAACCUCGUGGCCAUGUCCAGGUACGGAGGUGGCACCCCGCUCGGGAGCUACUGCACCCUGAUCCACCGCCUCGAGACCGACGACCGUAGCAUGCGGAACGCGACGGCCAAGGUCGAAGCGCUGCUGCGCUACGGCGCGAGCGUGCACAUCCGACCCACGACCGCCGGCGACCUAUCCUUUCUCCCCCACGCGUCCCCUGCCACCGUUGCUGCUGCGUCCCCCAUCCUGUCGUGCGCUGCCAAGAACGGCGUGCCGGGGAUAGUUUCCGCCCUUCUCGGCGCCGGGCUAGACCCCAACGAGCGCGACAGAGGUGGCUGGGCCCCGAUCCACGACGCGGUCCAGGGUGACCACGUCGACGUGCUCCGCCUGCUGCUGCGGGCUGGGGCCGAACGGGACGCCCCCACUCGCAGCGGGGGGUGGACUCCUCUCCACCUUGCGUGCCGGUACACCAGCGUGGAGUGUGUCGUGGAGCUGCUUCGAUGGAACGCCUCGCUUGGACCGGCGGAAAGGCCGUCGUCGUUGACCGCGCGUGCGGAGGGCAGCGCUGUUCAUCGUCCCGGCAACAACGACACCAAACCGAUGUUCGGCGUCACACCAGAAGAUUAUCCUCCAAAAGAGGAGGAGGAUGAGGAGGAGAACGGCUACGAGGAAACUAGAGACAGGAACACGGGCGUAAGCCAGCGCAACGCCAUUCGUCGCGCCCUGAGGUGCGAGGCGGCCUGGCGCAGGAGAAGGGGCGCCAUUCUGGUCAAGGUCUACCUUGAGAGGCAGCGCCAGCUCGAGGGAGUAGCGGCAACUGCUGCGCCGACGCCGUGUGCAGCGGUCCCCAACGACGGCGGCGGCGGCUACGGUUUCAGCCCUGCCGCUCGCGUUAAGCGCAAGGGCAGCGUGCGGGACGACGCGAGGGUCUCCGUUUCUUCUGUACAACCACCCGGACCCGCCGCGGAGACGGCCGGGGGUGGAGUAGACGACGAGCGGUUGCUGCAGGGGGCUUUGGAAGGGUUGGUGGGCCUGGCUGAGCGCGAAGAGGCGCUUUUUCGUGAGAUUGUCAUGUGCUUGUAAGGGGUAGGCCAACCGCUGCUGUACGGCGGACCUUGAUUCCGUUGUUUUCGGAUCCAUUUCGCUGAUUCUCGAACCUUCCCUCGUCGGAUGUAUUUUGUCGUGGACGGAAAGAGGCACCGGCCGGGGCCUCUGCGUUUGUCCUUUGGAAGAGUCUGGUUGUCUGGCAAGUGUGUUCUGGGUUGUUCGGUGCUUUUGAGUCCUCGUGAAAUGAGCCGCCACGAUGACGCCGGUAGUUGUGACCGGUGCAAAAGUUGCCCUGAUGUUGUGCAUGAACAAUGGUGGCGGUGUAGGGGUAAAAUGUGUCAUGUAUUUGUACGCCUACCUUGGAGAGGAUUUGAAAGGGUGUCGUGUAUUGUAUGCAUUCUUUGGGGAGGAUUUGUGAAAACAGGAAAUCGUGGAAAAUUAUCGUAGUUCGCUUGCGUACCUUGUAAGUCGUUGAUGGGACGAGUGUCGAGUCAUGGCGCUGCGCGUCUUGUCGGGCGGAAAAAUAGAAAUGUCGAACCACUGUAAAUUCCCUUGUAAAUGUGUGGCAUCAGCGCAAGUACCUUGUCGAAUAUCAAUUGGGAGGGAAAGUUGUGAAGUCAACGGGUCGCAAACGUAUGCAUAGAACCCUUUGAUCUUCUACAACAUGUACAAAACGCUUGUAAUCUU